AUGGCGAGCUACGCUGCCAUCAAUUCCAUGCCGGACGAAUUGGAAGGGCGGCCAGGGAGUGCGGCAUCGUCACGAGGGCGAAGACCAAGAAGAAGUACCAAAUCGAUGGGCUUUGCCGGGUCUGCGAGCUGGUCCAGUAGUGUCAUCAACCUCGUGAACACAAUUGUCGGUGCCGGAGUCCUCGCCAUGCCAUCCGCCAUGUCACAUCUAGGGGUCACACUCGGCGUAUUCGUGAUAGUAUGGUCGGCCCUGACCGCCGGAUUUGGACUCUAUCUCCAAACACGAUGCGCACAAUAUCUCGACCGUGGGGCCGCGUCGUUCUUCGCCCUCUCACAGAUCACAUACCCGAACGCCGCCGUCAUAUUCGAUGCGGCGAUCGCGGUCAAAUGCUUUGGCGUGGGUGUCAGCUAUCUGAUCAUCAUCGGAGAUCUGAUGCCUGGUGUGGUGAAGGGGUUUAGCGACAGUGCAGGAGACAUCGGAUAUCUCGUCGAUCGACAUUUUUGGAUUACUGCGUUCAUGUUGAUUGUUAUACCCCUAUCCUUCCUCCGACGACUCGAUUCGUUGAAAUAUACCAGCGUUAUCGCUUUAAUAUCCAUCGGGUAUCUCGUUAUCUUGGUGGUAGCCCAUUUUGUCAAGGGCGAUACCUUUAAAGAUCGGGGAGAGAUUCAUUAUUUUGGGUGGAGUGGGCCGGUUGAUGCCCUGGCCAGCUUUCCAGUCAUCGUAUUCGCAUAUACGUGCCACCAGAACAUGUUCUCCAUCCUGAAUGAGAUCGGGAACAACUCUCACUUCCGAACAGCGGGUGUUGUUGUUGCUAGCGCUGGCAGUUCAUGUGCAACGUAUAUCCUCGUUGCAUUGACUGGAUACCUGUCUUAUGGAAGCAACGUCAACGGCAACAUUGUCAGCAUGUAUCCACCUUCAAUCUCCUCCACCAUCGGCCGCGCCGCCAUCGUCAUCCUCGUCAUGUUCUCCUACCCCCUCCAGGUCCACCCCUGCCGCGCCUCCCUCGACGCCGUCCUUCGCUGGCGCCCCUUCACCCCCUCCAAGACCUCCACCUACGAAAACUCCCCGUCCCGCAGCACCCUGAUCAUGAACAACCGCAACGCCGCGCAACCGAAAGUCGACCCUAUAUCCGACCUCCGCUUCGCCGCCCUCACCACCACCAUCAUCGUCUUCUCCUACAUCGCCGCCAUGACCGUCUCCUCGCUCGAGAAAGUCCUCGCCUACGUCGGCAGCACCGGCUCCACCAGCAUUUCCUUCAUCCUACCCGGGCUGUUUUACUAUAAGAUCAGCAGCCCCGAUAGCCCCCAGCAUCAGCGCCUGCUGAAAGGGAACGACGACGAGGAGUACGACGACGCCGAGGACGACGAGCUGAGCGGCGCCGGCAUCAUGAGCGCGAGCGGGAUCCUAAGGAUCAAGACGAAGACGUGGCGACGGGUGUUGCUGCGGCGGAUGAGUUUGGCGUUGGCGAUCUACGGGAUAGUGGUCAUGGUGGUCUGUCUGGGAACGAAUUUCUUUUUCACGACCGCGGAGUGAUCGGUAGACGAUGCGACGUUUCCGUUGUUGGCGAAAUAGCGGCAGCGAGGGUUCCUGGCGUACGACGGCGAACGGUUUCUCUAAUCUCUUCGUGUAAAUACAUUUCUGCCCGGCGUUGGUGAUAUACAAUUGGAAUUGGUCUACUUUGCUUAGGGGAUGCAACCCUCCUAAGGAUCCCCAUCCUUCGGACGUUUUCCGCUAGUCGGAGAAUACGAUUCUUUUGCUGCUCCACCACCCAUCGUUCGGAUCCUCCCGAGUUAGGGGUCGAUGGGCUGCCUUAACUCCCAAGGCUGACAUCACUUACGACUUAACGAGCUGUCAUACGAUUCCUCUCCACGACUUGAUCACCCGGACCAACAUAGAUUUCAAACCGCAUAACAAAAGUCUAGAAUCCCUCCAGCCGCUUUGCCAGCGGAGUCCCUCCUCCUGACGCAAGGUAGCAGAGUAAGC